AUGCAAUUCUCACAAACUUCUUUCUGGUCCCCCCCAAGUCAAAAAGUCAGGUAUGAUGGCGCGGGUAUCAUUUUCUUUCUUGUCGGGGAAGCCGCAAGUCAUAGACGUAGAAUAAAAAUGGUCCGAUAG